GUUCAGAGAACCCGACGGAAAGCAGGAUGGCGAGUCCGGGGAAGACCCGGCUCUGCUGCUGCGGGCUGUAAAGAGCCUGAAAAUCGUUUGGUUGCGGGUGCAUAAGAAGAGACAAAAGUGCUCAGCAGGUAAGAGCCGAGUGCUUUGCCAAGAAGGAACUGUUCUUGAUCGCUGUGACAGGAUUGCCUCGCCGGGGACUCUUCUCUCGUGAGCAUCCACGCGUCUCCGAGGGGGCUGCCUGUCUCCUCUCAUCAGCAUCAGGGAGGGAAAUUUCACAGCCGCUCUUUCUAGUCCUGCUAAUCCUGUUAUCCGAGGGGUUAUAAAUAUUAACGCCGCCGAGGCUGGGGAUGGGGGACCCGAUUAAGCCCUCUCCGAAGUAAGAUGUCAGCCGGCCUCUUCCCGGCCCACCGGCGCCCGGAGCUGCUCCGCGGCACAGCUCCGCCGCUCCCCUGCCCGGAGCGGCUGCUGGGUGCCUCGGUGCUGGGUUUCGUGGCCGACAUCUCGCUGGGAGCCCCCCAGAGCUCAUCUCGGGCCGGACCGAGCCUGGGGUUAACCUCCGAGCCUCCCUUCGGGGACAGAACCCUGUCGCUGCGGGAGGGGAUGGCCCGGGGGUUGCCUUUGGCUGCCUUCGGAGACGGGGAUCUCGAAGACGAGGAAGAAGAGGAAGAAGAGGAGAGAAUGCGGAGCGCUUCCCUACUGGACAGACCCAGGAGAAAGCGGGUUAUCACCUACGCCCAGCGCCAGGCAGCCAACAUCCGGGAGAGGAAGAGGAUGUUCAACCUCAACGAGGCGUUCGACCAGCUGAGGAAGAAGGUGCCCACCUUCGCCUACGAGAAGCGGCUCUCCCGGAUAGAGACCUUGCGCCUGGCCAUCGUGUACAUCUCCUUCAUGACCGAGCUCCUGAACGGCUGCAGCAGGCAGGAGGCGAGCUAGGGGCAGCGAGGCCCGGCGGGACAGGGCUGGGGCCGGACACCGCCCUUAAACAAGGGCUCCUCGCCCCGCAGCCGGACCGUACAGGCGUGAGACUCAAACCGAGGGGGGUGCGAAGGGA